AUGGAGAAGAUUGAGCACUUGAAAAGAGAGAUUGCGCAGCGGGAGGCUGAGUUGGAGGAUCUACGCGCACAGCUUGCGGAAGCAGAAAAGCUGAGAGUCGUCGAUAAUGACAGGGAUGAUGAGAAGAAUCUAGACGGCGAUGGUGAGGAGGCGUGGAAGUGGCCUUUGGAGGAGCACGAGUAUGAGAGGUACAGCCGACAGAUGAUUGUGCCCAAUUUCGGACUCCAAGGGCAGCUGAACAUCAAAAACGCAAAGGUGCUCCUCGUCGGCGCGGGCGGGCUGGGAUGUCCGGCGGCGGCGUACCUUGCCGGCGCGGGCGUCGGGACGCUGGGGCUCGUGGACGGCGACGCGGUGGAGGUGUCGAAUCUGCAUCGGCAGGUUGCGCAUUCGACGGGGAGGGUGGGCAUGAUGAAGGUUGAUUCUGCCGUUGCCUAUCUCAAGGGGCUGAAUCCUACCAUCACGUAUCAUGCCCACGCUACACAUCUCACGCCGCAAAACGCAGAGGAAAUCGUCUCCGGGUACGACCUCGUCCUGGACUGCACCGACCAUCCUACCUCGCGCUACCUCGUCUCUGACAUCUGCGUCCUGCUCUCCAAGCCGCUCAUCUCGGCCUCUGCGUUCCAGACGUCGGGGCAGCUCAUCGUGCUCAACAACCCGCCCGGGAGAGGGCCCUGCUACCGCUGCGUCUUUCCGAAGCCGCCCCCUCCGGAGAGCGUGGUGGGCUGUGGCGAGGGGGGCAUUGUAGGGCCUGUGGUGGGCGUCAUGGGCGUUUUGCAGGCGCUGGAGGCGAUUAAGCUUCUUGUGCGGGGGGAUCAUCACUUGAAGAAGCGUGUGGACGAGGAACAGCAGCAGCAGGAGGUUGGAAUGCUGCUGUUCAGCGCAAUGGGGGAUGUGCCCUUUCGGACGGUCAGGAUGAGGGGGAAGAGGAAGGGCUGUUUUGCGUGCGCGGGGGAUGCUUCCGCCUUGACGCUCACAGAGCUCAAGACGUCGUUGGAUUACGUCCAGUUCUGCGGCGUCAACGAGCCGGUCAAGCUGCUGCGGCCGGAGGAGCGCAUCUCGGUGGCGGAGUACGAGCGGAUAGCACGGGAGAAGCGGGCGCAUGUGCUGCUCGACGUGCGAGAGAAGGAGCAUUUUGAGCUCUGCAGCAUCCCGGGGUCGGUGAAUGUGCCGAUUAGUCGGUUUACGGCUCGUCGAGAGGGGGCGGCGCAGGAGCUGGAUGACUUGAUACCGGGGGGCGUGCCUCCUGAUGCGCCGAUAUACGUUGUUUGCCGGGUGGGCAACGAUUCGCAGGUUGCGGCGAGGAAGUUGAAGGAUUGGGGGGUUGGUCGGAACGGGGAGCGGUUCAUCGGGGAUGUGCUUGGGGGCUUGAGGGCGUGGAAGGAUGGGGUUGAUCCGAGUCUGCCUUUUAUAUAGCA